AUGGUUCUGUAUAAAGCUCAUGUGUCUACUGGCACCUCUCUGGGCUCAGAGACUAUAGACUGGAUUUCACUCACCUUGGUGGGCACCAAGGGCAGCAGCCCCCAAACUCUGCUGGACAACUGGGGGCCAGACUUCUUCUGGGGAGCGGAGUGCAAGUACAAAAUUCCCUGCCCCCAGGACCUGGGAGAUAUUUUGCUCAUCCAAAUCACCAAAAAACCUUCACUGCUCCUCCAAGACAGUUGGUACUGCAACUUUGUCAAGGUGACCUCCCCACAGGGCAAGAGCUACAGUUUUCCAGUCUACCAGUGGAUCGAAGGCUCCAGCACCUUGGAGUUCAGAGAGGGGAAAGGUAAGGACUUCUGCUCCAGAGUGCUCCCUCUCCUCUCAGACUACCGGAAGAAAGAGCUGGAGGUGAAGCGGGAAUCCUAUAAGUGGAAAGAGUAUGCCCCGGGAAUCCCCCACUGUUUGGAUGUCAACUCGAUUAACGAGCUGGAAACCAACUCCCAAUUUUCAUUCACCAAAUCCAUUCUUUUUUUCACACGUGGUGCAGUGACAGUGGUGGAGCAGAGAUUGAAGGGAUACUCUAGUAGCAAAGAGUCUUGGGAAUCCCUGGAAGACAUCAAGAAGGUCUUCAGUUUCAACAGGAAUGACAUGCUAGAGUAUGUCAUGGAACACUGGAAGGAAGAUGCCUUCUUUGGCUACCAGUUCCUGAAUGGAUUGAAUCCAAACCUGAUCCGGAAAUGCACACAGAUCCCAUCGAACUUCCCCAUAACCCAAGACAUGGUGGCAAGAUCCCUGGGCUCUGGCACCACCUUAAAGGAAGAACUGAAGAAAGGGACCAUCUACAUUGCCGACUACCGCAUUCUGGACGGGAUCACCCCUGGCUGGAAUAACAAAGUCCAGCAGCACAUCGCAGCCCCACUGUGCCUGCUGCAUCUCACCCCCCAAGGGCAGCUCAUGCCGCUUGCCAUCCAGCUCAGCCAGAAGCCAGGCCCCGAGGUUCCCAUCUUCCUGCCUAGCGACUCUGAGUGCGACUGGGUCCUGGCUAAAACCUGGGUGCGCAACUCCCAUUUCCAUGUGCACGAAGCAAUGGCCCACCUGCUACGGACACACCUGUUGGCAGAAGUCUUUGCCCUGGCAACCUUCCGCCACUUGCCCAUGUGCCACCCACUCUACAAGCUCUUGCUCCCUCACUUCCGCUACACCCUUAACAUCAACACCCUGGCCCGGGAACGCCUCAUCAGUAAAGAUGGCCUCUUUGACGAGGGAAUUGGUGUUGGUCGCAGGGGCUUGAUCGAGCUUUGCCAAAGAAGCAUGGAAACCUUAACCUAUCCUUCUCUGUGCCUGCCAGAAGACUUAGAGGAUCGCGAUGUGCAUUCAUUGCCCAAUUACUACUACAAGGAUGACGGUCUCAAGAUCUGGGCAGCCAUAGAAAGUUUUGUCUCCAAUAUUGUUGACUUCUACUAUUCAAAGGAUGAGUCUGUGCAGGGAGAUUAUGAACUGCAGGCCUGGAUAAAAGAGAUCUUUACCAAAGGUUUCCUGAGUCGGACAUCUUCUGGAAUCCCCUCCUCAUUCGAUACUGUGGUGGAGGUCAAGAAGUUCCUAACCAUGGUGAUAUUUACCGUUUCUGCUCAGCACGCUGCUGUCAACAGUGGGCAGUAUUCGCAUGGUGCCUGGAUGCCCAACUUCCCCCCCUCUAUGAGGAAGCCCCCACCUACAUCCAAAGGCACGAUUUACCUGAAAGACUACCUGGAUAUUCUACCUGCAGUCAACACCACCUGUAACAUCAUUAGCACUCUCUGGCUGCUUAGUGCCAAAACAGGAGACGCGGUAGCACUGGGGGAUUACCCGAAUGAGUAUUUCACAGAGGAGGAGCCACAAAAAUUCAUUCAAGACUUCCAGGACUGCUUGAGCAAGAUCUCCAAGGAAAUUGAGAAGAGGAAUAGGUCUCUUCCCAUUGGCUACCAUUAUCUGAAUCCUCUCAACAUAGAGAACAGCGUCUCUAUCUGA